UGUGUCUCCGCCUCGUGCUGGAGAGGCGCGCGCCCCGGUCUCUUUUGUCCGCCCGGGCUCUUCACUGGACCGUCUCACUCUGGAGAAGCGGGGGUCCUGUGCGGAAACAACCGGCAGGAAUUACGGCAUAGCGAGCGGUACGCGCCUCAAACAUAAGCGCUUCUGUGUUUAAAGCCGCGUGCGUGUGUGUGGCGGCUGUAUCUGUGUGAACCAGCGUGUUAUCUUUGUUUGCUGCGAGCAGGUCAGCCUGUGUUCACCCCCUCCCCCUUUAGGAGGCGUUUUGGGGGCGACCAAACAGCCAAAGAACCAAAGAACCCCCUGGAUUGCCCCUAGUUGGCUCAGUCGUGGAGAUGGUGAGGAUGUGAGAGCAGCACAUGGGUUGGAAUGGGGUCGAGCAGCAGAAUGGAGGUGGACGGUGGUCUUUGAUUUGAUUGACUUUAUCUGCAUCUCUGCUGACUGGAGGCUUCUUUGGGGGCUUGCUGGAGCUUCUGGACACCAUCAUGCUGUCUUAAACCAGUACCAUCUUCUACAGAACUAGAACCAGAACCAGGGUCCUACUGACUGCUACUCCCUCCUUUACCCAGUCCCUCCCUCCUUCCUACUCCACCACCUCCUCCUCAUCAUAAUACUGCUGCUUCCCUCCCUAACCUAGUUCCUCCUCCUCCUUCACCACCUCCUCCUAUUGCUGCUUGCUUCCCUCCCUCACUCAGUCCUUCCACCUCCACAACCAUCUCCUACUCCUCCUCCUACUUCUCCUUCUCAUUUCAGCAGCAAUUGCUAUUCACUCACAAUAUCCUUUGGAGGAGAUGAGCAUGGUGGUAAGUUUAUACACUGGUCAUGUAAGGAGGGGGCACGGUGAUUGAUGUGGCCGGCUAGAGAAGAAGGAGCUCGGGGAGCACAUCGAGGAUCCUCGGCCAGAAGCAAACAAAGCUGGGAAUCGGAUUUGAAAACGGAGGUCCCGUUCAGACCCCAGCCCCCUGAUCUGGAUCUCGGAAUGGUGGCUCGGAGCACAGAUAAUCUGGACAGUUCCGGGGAGCCCGCCACCCGCUCAGUUGGCACCACUGCCAACUUGAAGGGGAAGAUGAGCAAGAGGUUGUCUGUUGUCAAAGGCCACUUCCCAAAGCUUAUUGACUGUGCCCACUUUCACUAUGAGAAUGUGGACUUCGGCUCCAUCGAGCUGCAGUUUGCUAGCGAGCAGAGCGAUGCUAACUGGAGCUCAGCCAAUCCCAAAGACCUGGUCUUCCUGGUGCAGGUCUCCUGCCAGGGUAAGACAUGGAUGGUGCGCCGCUCGUAUGAAGAGUUCCGGACACUGGAUGCUCAUCUGCAUCAGUGCAUCUACGAUCGCCGCUACUCCCAGCUGCAGACCCUGCCCGCCCUCGCAGAGAUCGGGGACCGAGUGGAGAUCUUCAGUCCCAUGCUCUCAGAGUAUCUGAAUCGUCUCUCCAUGAUCGUGGACAGUAAGCUGAACUGUGGGCCUGUGCUCACGUGGAUGGAGAUCGACAAUCAUGGGAACCGGUUUCUGCUGAAGGAAGAGGCGUCUUUAAAUGUCCCUGCAAUCGCGGCAGCUCACGUCAUCAAGCGAUACACUGCCCAAGCUAGCGAUGAGAUCUCCAUUGAGGUCGGGGAUAUUUUGUCUGUGAUUGAUAUGCCACCCAAAGAGGAGACCACCUGGUGGAGAGGGAAACAUGGCUUCCAGGUCGGCUUCUUUCCCAGUGAAUGUGUGAAGUUGAUCAAUGAGAAGGUGCCUCCAUCUGUUAGUGCUCCUGCUGCUAAGCUAGAGGGAGAUGCAGUCAGCUCCAAGCCUGGCGUCGCCUCUGCGCCCGGACCACCUUCUCCCACCUCAGUUCUUCAGCCUUGGUUCCUAAGACUCACUGUAUCCAAGAAGCACGGCAAGCUGAUGGGCUUCCUGCGCACCUUCAUGAAGUCCAGACCCAGCAAGCAGAAACUGAAGCAGAGGGGCAUCCUGAAGGAGCGGGUCUUCGGCUGUGACCUGGGGGAACAUCUCCUCAACUCCGGCCAAGACGUUCCCCAGGUCUUAACGAGCUGCUCUGAAUUCAUUGAGAAGCACGGUGUUGUUGACGGCAUCUACAGACACUCUGGAAUUUCCUCCAACAUCCAGAAGCUCAGGCACGAGUUUGACAGCGAGAACGUCCCGGACCUGACGAAAGACGUGUACAUGCAGGACAUUCACUGUGUGGGCUCUCUCUGCAAGCUGUACUUCAGAGAGCUGCCCAAUCCGCUCCUCACGUACCAGCUGUACGACAAGUUCGCCGAUUGUAUGGGAGAAAUGACUGAGGACGAACGUAUGGUAAAAGUGCAUGAUGUUAUCCAGCAGCUACCCCCUCCUCACUACAGGACCCUGGAGUACCUCAUAAGACACCUGGCGCACCUGGCCACCAUGAGCGGACAGACCAACAUGCAUGUGAAGAACCUGGCCAUCGUCUGGGCGCCAAACCUGCUCAGGUCUAAGGAGAUCGAGGCAGUGGGGCUGAGCGGAGCUGACCCGUUUAAGGAGGUGCGGAUCCAGUCUGUGGUGGUGGAGUUCCUGCUCACUAACGUGGAGGUGCUGUUCAGCGACUCGUUCACUUCAGUGGGCCGUUUUAGUGCAGCUCGUCAGUCCCUGACCCGACCCAAGUCCUUCGUGUCCACUCGGCUGCUGUCUCUGGAGGAGGCUCAGGCUCGAUCCCAGGCUCCUCUGCUGCUGCAGGGAUCUCCUCACCCCCUGCAGGGCCGCUUCCACACGGUGCUGGAGCUCCCUGGAGACAGGAGGAAAAGAGGGCUGAAGGCUCGUAAGGCAGCCGGAGGGAGCUGGAAGACGUUCUUUGCGAUCGGGAAGCCUGCAGGCUCGAGCCGCCGCAAGCCAAGUCGUAUCAGCUCCUUAUUCCAGCCCACAACCUCUCACGCAGGCUGCAGGGUGGAUAGUGUGACCUUGAGAUCAGCUAAGAGUGAAGAGUCUUUGUCUUCCCAACACAGCGGAGCAGGUCAAGGUAAAAUGCAGCGUUUACGAAGACCUCGCUCCAGCAGCGACGGCCUCUCUCUGGCCGCCUCCAUGGACCCUCAGCUCCUGCCUCAGCCCCAUCCACCCCAAAUCCCACCCAGCCGCUCAUACGACAGCCUCCUACCCGAGGAGGUUCGAGAUGCAGACGAGGAGGACGACGAUGAAGACGAUGAGGAGGGUGUUUACAUGCUGCCUGAUUUCUCACAGGACCCCGCCGCAUCCUGGAUGGCUGAAGAUGUCAUUGACUUUAGCCCCACCUUCCUGGACGAUGGGCCAAUCGGGAUCGGAGCCAGCAACGUCACCCCUGGCGGCCGCGAAUCUCCACCUGCGGCCACGCCCCCUCCCUAUCGCUGCCUGAGCCACCAAGGCCACGCCCACUCCGGCAGUCAACGCUCAAUCACAGAAGACCCAGACUCUGUGCUUAACCAAUCAGAAGCAGCAGCCCGCAGGAGUCUGAUACUGGCGGCUGCUGCCCCACCCCAGCAGGUGUUCUGCCAGCACAUUCGGCCCCCUGCUGCCACGAACGCUGCCUCUAGCACCACUCAGCCUGGAGAGGGCAACCUCAGCCCCUCCAUGAACCAGCCCCCUGCUCCUGCAGGCUCCGCCCCCUCUGCACAGCCCCCGCAGGAGAGGCGCUCCUUUACUAAGAAGGUGGUACACGCCCUCUCUCCUAAAGCACCAAAGUCUCCUCCGCUGGAUAUAUCAGACCCCAUCGCCAUCAGCGUACCUGCCAAGGUGCUGGAAAUGAUUGGUGGGAGAGCUGGUGAAUUGCAGCCUGGGACUCCUGGUGGUGGACCCCCGCAACCACCCCAAAUGAUAUCCAUGCUGCUGAGGUCUUGUGACUUCCAGCUCACAGAGAGUUGCCAGCAGGAGCUAAGCAGUAAACUGGGUCCUGAGGCAAAGAUCAAGGGCCCCAGCAUUAUUGGUCCCACUGGUGCUCCUCUGCCCUCCCAGCAGCCACCUCCACCUCCUCCGAAAAACCCAGCACGCCUCAUGGCUUUGGCUCUGACCGAGAGUGCCAACAAGGCUCUCCGGCAGGGUGCCUCUCCUCCGUACCGGCCCCGCCAGACCCCUCCUGAGGCCGACACCCGCUUCCAACGCUCCCUGUCCGCAGACGCAGGGGCAUUGCUGUCCUCGGAUCUUGACCAACUAUACUCCACAGUGCGCCCACUGUCUGUGUGGAUGACUGAGGGUGAGGGUGAAGAUGGGACUGGUGAAAAGGCUUCAGACGCAGCGCAUGAUCAGGAGCCGGCAUCUCCCCCAGGACAGGACACAGGGACUCUCUCCUCUGACGCCUCAGUUUCUGACUCUGGAGACUCCAAUUCUGAGCUGUCUGCUGGCAGUUCCUCUGGGGACAACGAGAAAACUCCAAGCCCCAUCUAUAAGAACCAGCAGCAGCUUUCUCCACCACCAACACAGCCUUCUAAAUCCAGCCCCCCCUCUGCUAGCGAGGCUCCCUCACAGAGGAAACCUCCGGCCUAUGGCCGCCAGUUCUCAGCUCCUCACCUGCAGCAGCAAAAGGCUGGUAGUCAAUCCAUGUCUCCCGCCCAGGCUCACUCCCAGCUCCUGCACUCCAAAUCGGAGAGCUCCCCCUUGGCCCAGGUACAUGCCUUCCAGCCCACUCGUCCCAAAGUACCCCCUAAACCAUCGGAUCUCGCUCCACAAAGGGCUCCACUUUCCAAAGCCGACCGCCAAGACUUCACUCGCCGUUCCCUAGAUGCUGGUCGCAUCCGGCGCAUGGUGGGUCCAGCUCAGGGCAACCCACCGCUUUCUAGAGCUUUCUCGGAGCGCAUUACUAGCACAUCAGAUGCACUGUCCCGGUAUCAUGCUGCCAGAAUGGCCAAUCAAGCAGUACAAGCUGCACAGCCUCCCGUACAGACUCAGUCGCCUCAUGCCCGGCCUGCGUUCUCAUCUUCUGAAGACCCGUCCAAGAUGGAGAACUUCUACUAUGAGAUUGGUGCCCCUGAACAUCCACAAGCUCCACCUAGCUACUCUCAGCACAGCUACCAGAACAUGAGGCUAGAUAUGGAGGGCAACCUCCGGCUUACGGACCCUGCCAACCAGAGACCCCUUUCCAGAGCACACCCACCUCCCCAGUACUCGCAGAUCGCUGAAUUUGCCAGGACUCCUCAGCUUUGGUCCUCUGAGGCCACCCGUGCCUGGGCUGCAGCCCACUCACACUCAUUUUCCUUUUCUCAUGGUCACUCACAUUCUCAUCAUCAUUCCCAAGACCACCUCCCGGGCCACCGAAACCCUCGGCUCCAGCGGCAGACGUCCUCUUCUGUCCGGGUUGGCCGUAGUGAAAUGCACCCCAUCCCUGCUGGAUUGGGCUCCUCCGGAGGUCUGGUACCCCUCUCCGUUCACCAACGCAGCCUGCACUGUCCACAGCGCUCACCUUCAUCUGACCUCACUGCCUCCCAGCUGCACCCAUACUUUGAAAAUGGGAAAGUGUGCUAUCGGUACUUUGAGGCCUCCAGGCCAGAAGAGAUGCCAUUGAGCCAUCAUCAGCCUCCCCAGUCAAAGUCGCCCCAAGCCCAUUCGAACCAGGCUUCCCCUCUACAAGCACAUAAGCCUCCAAUGAAGGAGCAAUCUGAGCCAAUCUAUGUGAACUACCCCUUUGCCAGCCCUCCAGUAGCUGGAGCAAAUGCUAAGACCUGGGCCACCACAGAUCUGGAUGGAGAUGCACAUCAAGGGGCUGAACCUCUUGCGCCACCUCCUGAGCCACCUCCAGAGGAUGAGCAGCAUUCCCCACACCAGUCCACCGAACUGGAGAGUCUUACAACAAGCUUUGAAAUCCCGGUGCAAAAUGAUGCUGUUUUAGACUCAAGGGCACUGGAGUUACAAACUGAACCAAGCACUGCACACUUCCGCAGUCUUUCGGACCCUCAGACCUCCAGCUCGGAACCCCUUCAGGCUUUGACGGGAAAGGACAUCGCUUCAUUGUUGAUCGAGAAGCUGGCGGAGGAUGAAAGAGAGGGUCCAAGCAUAGCAUCCUCUGCUUCCUCCUCCCCUCACAUUGAGUACCCCCCUAACCCUUACCCCAGCCAGCAUCAGCAGCGCCUUCCACCUGCCUACAAUGUGUACACCCCCGGACCCUCUCGGGGUCAUUUUGAGGUUCCGGUCCAUCAACGAGAAGGCUCUGGAGCUUUCCAUCGCCAGGACCCUUUGCGGCGAUCUUCUGGAAGCCAGUACCGGCAAGCCUUUGACGUCAUGCCAUCUGGUGACCAAGUCCUUAAGUUUUACAGAAGCCAAGACUUUAUCCCAGGGCCACAGGGAGACGGUACAACUCCUAAUCCCUACCCUCCAAGACCUCAUUUCCAGGACCCUCCGUAUCCUGGUCGGAGUCCCCAAGCACAUCAAGACACACCCCACACCUCGACCCCAUCUCCCUCAGCGGCCUUCUCAAACUUAGCGAUAAGCACACCACGAGGAUAUGGGACUCCAAUGGCUGUUAAUCCAUACAACCAGUACCCCUACCAGGCAGGUCCGGUGCUUCCCCCAUACCCCAACGCCCCCCGUAGGGAUGUGAUUCUGGAUCCUGCACUUCGGCCCGCAGCUCUCCGCGGACCGCGGGGACUGAAUCGACAGGGCAGUCUGCCUGGUCCUAACUGGACCAUCCACACGGAGGGCCAGACUCGCAGCUACUGCUAAAGCACACAUUGGCCCACAUUGUAGAGACUGAGGGUGCGGUCCAAUCAUUAGAAUGUCCUAAAAUAACCCCACUGCUGUACCAGUGAAAGAAACGGGGAAAGAGACGGAGACGGACAGACAAAGAUGUGAAAGACGAGUGUGUGUGUGUGUGUGUUUGAAGCACAGGUGAAGAAGAGAAUCAAAGAAGUGAACCGACAAGUGGCUUAGAUACGUAAACAUUCCAGUAGACACUGUGCUGUCCAGCAGAGGGCGUAAGAGAAAAGUAUGGCUGCUGUCCCUCUUAAAAAAGGGAGUAUCAGGUAUUCUGCAUAGUGGUGUUUUUUUCUGCUUUAGGUACUUUCUGGGUUGAAGUUACUUUACAACUAGGACACUAGAUGACAAGAGAGAGCUGUACAGGGAAAUAAGCUUAGGUUUAUUAUUUGUUUUCUUUUUUUUUAAUGAAAAAGUUUGACCAUAACCUCGUGCUGCUGGUGAUUUUUUUUUUCUCUCGUUUAUGUUUCAACAUCCUGCUGCUUGUAGCAGCCAGAUAUUUUUUCAUUUUUAUCGCUUUUUAAUUUUUUAAGUUAUUUUAAGUUUUUAAGUCAUUUUCAAAGAAGGCAUGUAAAGAAUUGUUUUUUUUCCUUUUGAAUAAUGUAAGGAAUAGGACUGUCGUUUUAGUUUUUACCCACCGAUGUGUGUGAGGGCGAGAGGGAUAGAGCGAGUAUGCGUUUUCACGUGUGUAUGAACUCUUCUAUCGAUCAGUCCAUACUCCUUAAAACUACACUAAAGGAACAUGAAGGAAAACACUGCCAUUUGCUUGAAGGGGAACUCCAUCUGUUUUUCAAAAAUUCUGUAUAGUUCACAUACUGAUAGUUGUUCAGUGUAAAAUAUAUGUAAUUGUAAAGAAACUUACUGACAUCUAUACAGUGGUGGUGAU